UCGCUGCUUAGCGACCGCUGAAAGCGUCUGAUAAGUGCGAACUUGCAGUUACUAGCGGCUUAAUUAAAAAAAAUAUAUAAUAUUUUAAUUAGAAACAAACAUUUAUAUAUUAUAUAUAUAUAGCUAGCUAUGCCACCAAAAAGAAAAGGGCCUUUGCAAACAGUGCAAAGAGAGACGGAUGAUAUCAAAAAACAGGUUGACAGUCUGAUAAAAGAUGCACGGCAGUCAGAUGUGUCAGGGCGCACAGAGGCAUACCAGAGCAGAUGCAUACAUCUACAAAACCUAAUGGAGGAGACAACCAGGAAGCUCAAGAAGUUAACCAAGGCUGAUGAGCCAGCCCCAGUGGGGAAUUACGACCAGAGGAAGAUGGAGGAGGAGAGCCGUCUGCGGGGGAUUGAGGAGCAGCUGCUGGUCUUGGUCCUGGAGCUCUCUCCGCCUCAGAAACAUGAGGGAGGGUCAUCCCAAGCCCAGGAAGAUGAAGAGGAGGAAGACAGUGAGGAAGACAGUGAGGAAGACGAGAGUGAAGAGGAGAAAGUAGAAGAUGAGGAAGAUGUAGUCACAAAGACCACGGAACAAAUCCCAGAGUCAGGCACUGCCACGUAUAUGGUUAUCAGUGCCUUUAAAGGAGAGCAGGAGGGAGAUCUUACCAUUCAGAUGGGUGAGGUCCUGACAAUUCUCAGUAAGAAUGAGGAUGGAUGGUGGCUUGCUCAGGACUCGAAGGGCAAUAAGGGACUAGUCCCCAAAACCUACUUGAAGAGAUAUUCAGACCAGGAUGAUGAGGAUUAUGAGGAUGAUGAAGCAUCAGAGGAUGAGGAUGAGGAGCUUGAGUCCAAAAGGAUGCAUAGCUCGAACUGGGACAGUGUGAGGAGAGCCAUCACUGAGAUUGAUGCUACUGAUGUUCUGUCUGCCAUGGGUGCCAUCCCUGCUGGGUUUAGGUCAUCCACCCUCUCUAAACUACUAGAUGAAGGGAUCACCUACAGAAGAAGUCACUACAUCCAGCCAGAGUUGAGCCAAUCCAAACUGUCCUUCAAAGACCUCUUCCGGGACCCAGACACUGGAAAAGUUCGUCAGAGGACAGCGAGGACGUCCCUCACUCUGACUCUGUGGAGCUGCAAGAGUAUCCCCACCCCAGGGGUCGGAGUUCAAGUCCUCAGUCGGCACAUCCGCCUCUGCGCCUUCGACGGCACUCAGGUUCUUAGUAACAUCCAUACCAUCCGAGCCACUUGCAAUGCAAACAACGUCAAGACCUGGUCCUUUUCUCCCCGGCAGAUGACUGGGAAUCUACCCAGCCUUUUGGACAGGGACUGUUUUCUGAGGUGCAACUUGGACACUCCUGAGCUGGGAAUAUUAUUUGAACUUGGCGUCACAUACAUCCGAAAUUCUACCGGUGAGAGAGGAGACCUGAGCUGUGGCUGGGCCUUCCUGAAGCUCUUUGAUGCCAAUGGAGCUCCUGUCCCACACAGGACAUAUGAAUUGCUUGUGCAUGGAGGCACACCGUAUGAAAAGGACAUAGAGGUAGAUCCGUCUUUAACAAGAGGAGCCACAGGAACAGGCAUGUUCCAGCAGAUGAUGUUUUCCAGGAAACUCCCUAAACUCUUCCUCAAACUGAAAUCGCCAAAUGCUCGCACAAGGUCACAGCUGAGUGCUCUUCCAGACACUCUGGUGGGCAGUCUCUCCAGUAUACACCUGCUGGUUCUACACAGACAACUACUGGCAGAUGCUCUGCUAAUGAACAGGGCUACCAUGCAGAAUGCAGAUCUGAUCUGUAGUCCUCUGCUGGCCACCUUCCCAGAGAUCAUGGACCAAACGGACCUGCUGGAUGCCCUGAGGAAGUCUUGGUUGGAGGCUGAGAACAAUAUGAAGAGAUCUGAAAAGAGGGACCUACCCCUGCUGAAGAGGAUGUUUGUGAGGGUGUACAUGGACAACAUAUAUCCUCUCCUCUACUCGGCUGACCUGCCCCCUCCUCGCUGGGCUGAUGAAAUGGUGGAGAACCAGCGGGCACGAGUCAUCUUCGCCAGCCUACAGACCACCAGUACCCAGGAACACUUCCAUACACACACAGACAGCCCCCCUCGCCACCAAGCCUUUGACAUCUCACAGCUCACCUUUGACCUCCUCUGCAUGGCCCAAUAGCAACUGCAUCAACCCUUCUGUUUCCAGAGUUAUUUAUUAGAAAUUAUAAACUGGGUGGUUCGAGCCCUGAAUGCUGAUUAGCUGACAGCUGUGGUAUAUCAGACCGUAUACCAUG